UAUACAUUAAAAUAAAAAUAUGUGAUCAUUGACUUUGUAUAUUUUUAUCAGAAGCGUUAAAUAGAAAACUAAAUAUGUACAGUAUUUAUUGCUACUUAUAACUAUCAAUUUAACUAUCAAUUAUUUGGUGUACAUUGACCCUAUUUUUAUUUAAUAUUUAUAUUUUGUACAUAAUUAAAUUCAAUUUUUAUAACAUUAAAAUUGGUGUCAAUUUUUUAAAUAAUGGAUGUACCAAAUAAUAAAUAACCCAAUCAUUAAAAAGUAAGGAUAUAUUAAGCAUUUGUGUUUACUUUAAAGUCAAUGUUUUUAAAAAAACUCAGCCAAAGUAUAGAUAAUUCUACAAAUAAGUUUACCACCAUAAGAAAUUUCAAAAUGAUAAGAAGAUUACUGUGAUAAUAUGCAUUUAUCAGAUUGUGGUUUGCCACGUUUUUGUCUACUAUAAUUUUUAGGUUAUGUUUAUACAUGACUUCACGUUUAUGUAUAUCGUAUGUCACAUCGAAGUAAGUGAUAACGAUAUAAUGAAUGUGAAUUCUGUCAUCAUUGUUAUACAAUUAUUUCUUUUGUUAAACAUAUAACUUAAAAUAACAGAUGUCUAAAUUAGACAUAACAAUUUAUGAAUAUUUUUUAUGUAUUUAAAGAAUUCUAAGACGAUUAUUUUUUUCUGAAGUAUGACAAGAUCACAUAUAAAAUAUCAAAUUGCAAAAGAUACAGAUGAUACAUCAGAUUAUUUUCUCGAACCGGUCCAAGAGUUUCCAAAUGUGUCCAAAAAAGAAGUAUCUUUUUGGAAAAAAUUUUUUCAAAUUAUCAUAUUAAUUCUGUGCUAUUUUGUGUUGUCUGUAGGUUUAACUUUUUAUGUACAAUGGCUUUAUAAUACAUAUGGAUUUCAUUUUCCACUUGUUGUGGUGAUAUGUCACUUAUUAAUAAAAUUUUUAUUUUCUGCUUCAAUAAGAUGUAUUAAAACAUGUUGGAAGAAACAACAACAAUUAAAACUUCCUUUACAAAGCAUAAUAGGAAUGGUUAUGCCAAUUGGCAUAGCUAGUGGCCUUGAUAUAGGUCUAUCAAAUUGGGCAAUUUCAUUAAUUACUAUGUCAUUAUAUACUAUGACAAAAUCAACUUCUAUUAUUUUUAUUCUUGGAUUUGCACUCUUUUUGAAGUUGGAGAAAAAGUCUUGGACAUUAUCAUGUAUUGUAGUAAUGAUAUCAGGAGGUUUAUUUAUGUUUACCUAUAAAUCAACACAAUUUGAAGUUUUUGGAUUUGUAAUUUGCCUCUUAGCAUCAUUUUUAAGUGGUAUUCGGUGGACUAUGACACAACUAGUUAUGCAAAAAUCUAAACUUGGAAUGAAAAGUCCAAUUGACAUGAUGUACUAUAUGCAAUUAUGGAUGUUAUUACCUAUUGUACCAGUGAUGAUAUGGUUUGAAGGAUCUCAUCUAUACAAUAGUUUUAAAAAUACAGAUUGGAAUGAUGUUCAAACUAUUACAAUGACUACAAUUGCUGUAUUUGGAAGUGCUAUUAUAGCUUUCCAUAUGGAAGUUAUGGAAUUUUUAGUUGUUACAUAUACUUCUAGUCUUACACUUUCAAUUAUUGGCAUAAUUAAGGAAAUAUUUAUUUUAAUUUUGGCUGUUGAAUGGGAAGGUGAUCAAAUGAGUCAUCUUAAUUUUGUAGGAUUGUUAAUGUGCCUUUGUGGAAUCACAAUUCAUACGAUACAAAAAGCAUUAUCCAAUAGGAACAAAAAAGCUGAAAAUUUGGAAUUACAAGUAAAUUCUCUUUCAAGUAAUAAUUUUAAAACUGAAGAGGUAAUCGAUACAAAUUUACCUUUGUUAACUCAAAAAUCGACAUCGCUAACAAAUCUUUUAAACGCGGAAUUCAGUUCAGACGAAGAUGAUCCAAUUAAACAUGCCUGUGUUAUUAGUUCCUUGCUUAAAAAUAGCAUAACUAUACCUUAUUAUUUAGUAGUAUUUUUCGCAUUUGAUCUUAUUUAUGCUAUAUACAUAUAUUUAUAUACAAAUAACAAGACUUCCAGAAUUACACAGCAUAAUAAUAGAUGAUAAUGUAAACAUUGAAAAACUGUGCACAUUUUAUAAAUUAUUAUUAAUUUAAAAAAAAGGUAUAUCUAAUUAACAACUUUUUAAUCAAAAUUUGUGUGAACAGCCAUUAUUAUUAUUUAAUAUUAUUCUUAUAAUAUUAUAAGGACAAAUAUACAAAAACAUUACAGUAGACAAAGACAUUAUUAAUUUUUUACAUUCAUAAAUCGCAUUUUAUGUAAUUUGAUGUUAAUAUUAUACAAAUUAAUUAUAGAGUAUAAAAACAAUGCUUCAUGUAAUUAUGUAAUUUUAUGGUAAUUUAUUUAAUUUUAUGAUAUACAUGUUAAUUUGCAUAAGGAU